ACUUAGGGUGUCAUGCCACCUUGUGAGGGGUCCCCUUGCCCUAGGAAUCUCAGCACAUAAGAAAGCCCGUAUCCAUGCAGGCCUUGAGCAUGCGCUCUAAUGUCAGCGCCUGCAUCCUCCGCCCCCGCUCCUGCUCCCUGCUUCCCUGAGUGGCAGACGCUCCAAGGCCAGGGCUGCCUACCCACACCUACCCACAGGGCUGAGGACAGCCCAACCAGGUGCCUGCUGCUGGUCUGGAGCACUCCAACCUGGACAGGCCACCAUGGUGGGCACUAUACUCCUGCUCCUGGCUCUGCUCCCUGGGACAGCCAGUGUGCUCAAUGCACCACUUGCACCCCCGUUCCCUGGGGCACCUGGCCCCUGGCUUCGCAGACCCCUUUUCAGUCUGGAUUUAUCAGACACAGAGGACUCAUUCCCUCGCCGCACUGGGCCACUGGAGGUUCCGGCCGACAGCCUUGUGUUUGUGCAGGUGCGGCUGCCUGAAACACCGUGGGUGGGUGGGAAUAAAUGGGGACCGGUCGACCUUGAUGGUGCCUUGGUCCCUCAGGCGGCCCUGGCCCGUCCUUCACGGAGAUGGGACCUGGCCUUGCAUCGCUGCUCAGUAACGCCUUCCUCACGCCCGGCCCUGGGGCCUGCUCUGGUGCUUCUACGUGGGGGCUGCCCCGCUGACAGCUCUGUCAGCUUCUCACCACCUCCACACCCGGAUGCUGCUCGCCCCACACGCUUCAGCUUCCGCCUGCGCCCAGUAUUCAACGCCUCAGUGCAGUUCUUGCAAUGCCAGAUGAGUCGCUGCCGCCGUCGAAGCCACCGAGCUGUCCGCCAGACACCAACGCCUCUGACCCCACCAGCGCCUUCGCAGUGUCUGCCUCAGGAUGAGGCAUGCGCGGGCAGCGGUGAGAGCCUUGGUACCGACAGCAACCAUCUGCACACGCUGACUCAGCCCAUCGUAGUCACAGUACCUCGUCCGCCCCCUAGGCCGUCCAAGAGCCUCCCGGGCAGGGCCCUGGGUCCGGAACCGCCCGCUCCAGUCACUGCAGCUCUGGAGCCGGCACCAGUGGUGGCGUUGGUGUUGGCGGCAUUCGUGCUGGGUGCUGCGCUAGCCGCUGGGCUCGGUCUCGUCUGCGCGCACUCAGCACCUCCGACCCCAGGCCAACCUCCUAGAGCUUCGCCCAGCGGCCCCCAGCUCCAGAGUCCAUAGCAGGCAGAGUUGGCGCAACCCAGUGAGGUCCUGAGAUGUACCCAGCCAAGGAUUCCGAGCCCUUUGAGAGGACUCCUGCCCAUCUCUCCUGCCUGCCCCCCCCCGCCUUCUCAUCCCUACUCCCCUGGUUCAAAAUAAACGGAUGAGCUGCCUGCUAACGUCUAGUGGAGUCAAUGUGCUCCCAAGCACAGGGUGGCGGGGUGGGAGUGGGGUUAGGGAAGGCAAGCUCCAGGCUGUGCCUUGGGACUAAAGCUUGGGGGAGAUUUGUGGCUGGGAUAGACUUAGAUCGGAGGAGUGCAACUCCAGCCCCCAUGAACACAUAUACCCAGGGAGAGUCAGGGGCCAUUUGCCUGGAACAGAAAAUGACACCCAACUUGGCCACCGUAAGUUUAAAUUAAGUCCUGCUUCCUUCCCCCAUUGCAACACCAGCUCCUUCACUCUUCACCAAGUCAGACCUUUGCUCUCCCCCGGGCCCCGCCUUCAUUCAGGUCUCCAUGUGCCUCUUGACUCCCUCCUACUCAAACGCCCCUCCUCUGUGCAACAAUGGACGUCCAGGGUUAGCUUACCCAUGAGGAAAUCGAGGCUCAGCAAUACCAAACCACCUUUGUCAAAGUCUCCAGGGAUAUGGACCCCCAUAACCCGGAACUGUGUUUCUUUCAAGCUAGGCUCUCACCAUGUAGCCCAGGCUAACCUGGAACUCAAUGGUCUUCUUGUGUCCGCUUCCCAAAUGCUGAGAUUAGUAGUCACCACUCCUGGCAAGCCAGGGUUGUUUUGUUUGUUGAGAUUUCUGUGUGAGUGUUUUGCCUGCAUGUAUGUAUGUGUAUGAUAUGCAUGACUGUGCUUGGAGAGGUCAGAAGAGGAUAUCGGAUCCCUUGGAGCUAUAAUUGAUCGAUGCUGGGAACCAAAGUAGUGUCAUCUGUGAGAACUGCAAGUGGGCCGGGUGUGGGUGCGUAUGUCUUUAAAUCCAGCAUUCUGGAAGACCUCUGUGAGUUUGAGGCCAGCCUGGUCUACAUAUUGAGAUCCAGCCCACCAGGGCUACAGGGAGAGACCCUGCAUCGCACAUGACAAACCCACUGUUGUUUGUUUUUUGAGGCAGGGUUUCUCUGUGCCACGCCCGCUUCGCAGCCUGUGUCCGAGAAUGUGCGGAGGGUGUCAGGGAUCGACAACACAGAGAC